CACAACGCGUACGCACAGAAGAUUCAAGGCCUGCCUCGCCGCCGUCGCACGACAAGCGUAGCAUAGAGAGGCUGCCCCAUGGGUGCCGGUGCCUCCGCAGGAGCACUCCCCGACACUGUCACGCUCGACGAGGCCAAGGCCUACGCGGGCGACGCCUGGACCGACGACGCGCAGAAGGCGUUCGACGCAUCGGCGUCGAACGGCACGACGACGAAGGAGGCCAUCGCCGCGUACGAGCAAGAACAGCGACGGGCCGCGACGAAGCUGCAGGCGAGCAUCCGGGGGCAGCAGGAGCGGAAGAACCCGACGCCGCCGCCGGAGAAGACCAAGGCCAACGUGGGCAAGGAGCAAUUCGUCGCAUCGUUGAUGACGCUCGUCGCGUUGGCCGUCGACGGCCUGCCAAAGGGCUUCCGCAGUACAAAAGCAAGGCGGAAUAAACUACUGAGGAACUUCGCGGGCGACGCCGACCGGUGCUGCGGGCAGGCCUUCGCGACGACCAUGUCUGAAGAUACGGUUCAAUUCUUGGUGGCCUUCGUGCCUGGUUUAGGAGCGUGUUCUGCUAUUAUUGCCCCCCUUUGGAAGUUGCUGCGGGGGACGCUGUUGGUCUGUGCGUUGCGCGGGCACGACUUGAGCCUACCUCAAACAAGAGCUCGUGUUUUGUAUGCUAUGGCCGGGACCAAGGCCGAGGCGGUCGCCGCGGGGGCCAUGAGUACGGUCGUGGACUGUGUGGAAAUCAACCAGUGCGUCGGGUGCACGGUCGAGCGGUGAGGAACCGGCAUCGCCACGCCAUCGAGCAGUGGAGGACGACGCGACGAUUCAGCACGAAGGCGUCGUGAGAUCUUGCUUUCCGCACAGGUCGUGGAGACGGCGGCCCAGGCCCUGUUCGUGUAUUUGUGUAGCGGCGUCCCAGGAGCGUCGAUGCUGCCCGUCGGCGCGGCCGUGUCUUCCUUGGUCGACACGGAAGCGGCGGUCGCCGGCAAGGCGGGCCUGGCCGACUUCCGCGACGGGUCGCGACCUGCGUGGAAAUCAACCAGCGAGUUAGGUAUGGAGGCAACAUCGCGUCGAUGGCGUGGGGCGCCCGAAUUUUGACUUCCACACAGGUCGAGGACCAUCGAACUCGCGGAGUACUCGGAGGAGUUGGACCCGGAGCCGUCGAUGGCCGACCGCGCAGCGUUAGCGCAGGAGAUGGCCCAGAAGGGCGCGCGCGCCGCGUUCGACGCCGCGCGCGACCCCGCGAAGCGAAAGGCCGCCGCGCAAGCCGCCGUCGGGGGCGCCGUCUCGACGGCGUCGGCCGCCGCAUCCCAGGCGUCGGCGCUGAUGGGGUUCGGGAAGAAGCCUACUUAACGAUUGUGUUAC